AUGGCUGUUGCUGCUGGUGUUGGCAAGGGUGAGGACAAUGUGCGUCCCCCCCCCGACCAGGUCGUCCAGGACAUUGCCGACUACGUCCACGACUACGACAUCACGUCCGAGACUGCGUACAACACCGCUCGCCUCUGUCUCCUGGACUCGAUUGGCUGUGGUAUCGAGGCGCUGCGCUUCCCUGCUGCCCGUGCCGUGUGCGGCCCGGUGGUCGAGGGUACGGUCGUGCCCAACGGUGCGAAGGUGCUCGGUACCGAGUACCAGCUGGACCCCAUCCGCGCCGCCUUCAACAACGGUGCGCUGAUCCGCUGGCUCGACUUCAACGACACUUGGCUCGCGGCCGAGUGGGGUCACCCCUCGGACAACCUCGGUGCGAUCCUUGCCGUGGCCGACUGGCUCGCGCGUACCAACGUCGCGAACGGCAAGGCCCCGCUCACCGUCAAGGACGUGCUGACGGCUGCCAUCAAGGCGCACGAGAUCCAGGGCAACAUUGCCAUUGAGAACUCGUUCAACCGUGUCGGUCUCGACCACGUCGUGCUCGUCAAGGUUGCGUCGACCGCCGUCGUGUCCAAGAUGCUUGGCCUGACCCGCGAGCAGACCGUCGAUGCGAUCUCGCAAGCGUUUGUCGAUGGCCAGUCGCUGCGUACCUACCGCCACGCCCCCAACGCCGGCUCGCGCAAGUCGUGGGCUGCCGGUGAUGCGUGCGCGCGUGCCGUGAACCUCGCUCUGCUUGUGCAGCGUGGCGAGGGCGGCUACAACUCGGUGCUCACGGCCAAGACCUGGGGCUUCUACGACGUGCUCUUCAAGGGCCAGCCGUUCAAGUUCCAGCGCCCCUACACCUCGUACGUGAUGGAGAAUGUGCUGUUCAAGCUCGCCCCCGCCGAGUUCCACGCGCAGACUGCCGUCGAAGCCGCUGUCCAGCUCCACCAGAAGCUCAAGGACCUCGGCAAGACCAGCGAUGACAUCAAGGAGGUCAAGAUCCGCACGCAGGAGGCUGCUGUGCGCAUCAUCAGCAAGCAGGGCAAGCUGAACAACUACGCCGACCGUGACCACUGCAUCCAAUACAUGGUCGCCGUUCCCCUGAUGAAGGGCAGCCUGAACCCCAGCGACUACACGGACGACUUCGCCGCUGACCCUCGCAUCGACGCGCUCCGCGAGAAGAUGGUCGUGGAGGAGGAGCCGCGCUACACGACCGAGUACCUCGAGCCCGAGAAGCGCUCGAUCGGUAACGCGGUCUCGCUCGUGCUCAACGACGGCACGGUGAUCGAUGAGAUCGCGAUCGAUUACCCCGUCGGCCACGCCCGCCGCCGCGAGGAGGCUGUCCCGCUGAUCGCGAGCAAGCUCACCAAGCACCUCCAGGGCUUCUUCUCGGAGGAGGAGCAAAAGAACCUGCUCUCGCUCCUCACCGACCACGAGCGCCUGGCCAAGAUGCCGGUCAACGAGUUUGUCGACCUGUGGACUAAGUAG